AUGGUAAAGAUCUUCAACGACAUCCCAGGCCACGAAGAAAUUUUCCCAGCCUUAGAGGAUUCUGAAGAAAUAACUCUUGACCAAAGCGUGGAAUUCAGUGACGAAUCUAAAGAGAAUGAGGAAGAAAUUCCCUUAAAAAAUUCUACGGAGCCUGUUAAGCCAAAGAAGACAUCUAAAAAAAUUGUGGGUCAUUCUAAAACUGCCAAACGUCGCUUUUCUUGCGCUACAUACUCACGGUCUUUUCCUGUUAAAUCUACUUUAAUUCGACAUAUUAACGAGUGUGGCAAAGAGAAGAAAUAUAGUUGCCCGUAUUGUAAAAAUUGGAGAGCGCAUCGCAAAUAUCACCUUAAAGUUCAUUUAAUUCAUGUUUACGAAUUCACCACCAUGGUAACGAUUUUCAACGACUUCCCAGGCCACGAAGAAACCUUUCCAGUCAAAGAAGAAGAUGGUUUGGACCAACUGCACAUAAAAAACAUAAAAUACGCGUGUUAUAAUCUAAAAUGCAACUUGAAGUUCAAAAGCGAGCGCCAACGUGACAAACAUUCAUUUGAUUGUUGGAAUAAUAAUUUACAGCCUGGAGAAAUAACUCUUGACCAAAAUGCGAAAUUUAGAGAUGAAUCUAAAGAUGAUAAGGAGAAAAUUCCCUCAAAAAAUUCUGUGAAGCCCGUCAAGCCAAAGAAGACAUCUAAAAAAAUUGUGCAUCUUUAUAAAAUUGUCGACGGUCGCUUCUCUUGCUGUAAAUGCUCGCGGUCCUAUAAAUAUAGACAAGAAUUAACCACCAUGGAAACGAGCUUCAACGACUUUCCAGGCCACGAAGAAACCUUCCCAGUCGAAGAAGAAGAUGAUUUGAACCAACUGAUGAUAAAAAACAUAAAAUACGCGUGUCAUAAUCUAAAAUGCAACUUGACGUUCAAAAGCGAGCGCCAACGUGAUAAACACUCCUUUGAUUGUUUGAAAAAUAAUUUACAGUCUGAAGAAAUAACUGUUGACCAAAAUGCGAAAUUUAGAGCCGGAUCUAAAGAAAAUAAGGAGAAAAUUCCCUUAAAAAAUUCUAUAGAGCCCGUUAAUCGGAGGCAGAAGUCUAGAAAGAUUGUGGGUCGUUUUAAAACUACCAAACGUCGCUUCUCUUGCUCUACUUGCUUACGGUCCUAUAAAUAUAAACAAAAUUUAAAUCUACAUAUGAAAGUCGAGUGUGGCAAAGAGAAGACAUGUAUUUGCCCGAUUUGUAAGAAUUGGAGGACUUAUCACCAACAUAAUCUUAGAAAACAUAUGAAUACUGUUCACGGCAAAAAAUUAUGA